AUGUCCGGGACCACGACAACCUUCUACGGGGCCGUUAUCAACCCCAAAUCCCUAACCUCGUACGCGGCUCUUCCGCGCUGUCUCCUAGCAGUGGGACCAACCGGAAACAUCGACUGGAUAGUCAAGGACGUUGCGCCACACGAACUGCAGGAUGCAUUGGCCCAGAAAGGGCAUGUCGAUAUCGCGAGUGCGAACUUGGUAGAGUUGAAGGAGGGAGAGUUCUUGAUGCCUGGGUUUGUCGAUACGCAUACGCAUGCACCCCAGGUACCUAACAUCGGAACUGGCCAGGAGUACGAACUCCUCGAUUGGCUCAAGAACGUUACCUUCCCCAUGGAAAGCAAGUUCGCGGAUAUCGAAUUCGCAAAACGAAUUUAUACCAAAGUGGUUCGAGACUUUAUUGACAACGGGACGACUACAUGUUGCUACUACGCCACCCUGCAUCUCGAAUCCACCAAAGUCCUCGCGGAUAUCGUCCACGCAGCGGGUCAACGCGGCUUUAUCGGGAAAUGCAACAUGAACCACGACUCCCCGUCCUACUACAUCGAACCCUCCCCCGAAGCCUCGAUCGAAGCAACCAAAUCCUUAAUAACCUACGUGCGCUCUCUCCCACCCUCCUCGCACCCACACGCUUCAUCCGGCACCGCGCAACCCCUAGUGCAACCCAUCCUCACACCGCGCUUCGCCAUCUCUUGUACCGCGCCCCUCCUCUCCUCCCUUGGCACCCUCGCCUCCUCCGACCCCUCCCUCCUCAUCCAAACCCACAUCUCCGAGAACCUUGGCGAGAUCGCGUACACGAAGGAACUCUUCCCCCAGGCGAAGAAUUACGCGGGUGUGUAUGAUAUGUACGGGUUGUUGAGGGAGGGAACGAUUCUGGCUCAUGCGGUGCAUUUGGAGGAAGAGGAAGUUGAGUUGGUGAAAGUUAGAGGGGCGGGUGUGAGUCAUUGUCCGACGAGUAAUUUCAAUAUCAGGAGUGGGGUCGCGCCUAUUGGGAAGUAUUUGGACCGGGGUAUCAAAGUUGGACUAGGAACGGAUGUAUCAGGCGGAUACUCCAACUCGAUCCUCACAGAGAUCAGACACGCCUCGAUGGCAUCGAAAGUUCUCCAAUUCUCGUCGUCCCCAAAGCCCGAAUCAUCUGGAUCAUCCUCGACUACCAACGGCACCACGCCCAAAUUCGAAAACAAGCAACUCCCCAUCCCGACCUUGCUCUAUCUCGCAACCCUCGGCGGCGCCUCCCUCUGCAAACUAGACUCCCACAUCGGAAGUUUCGAACCCGGUAAGGCGUUCGAUGCGCUCCUCGUCUCGCCCUCCUCAAGGUCUAUUGGAUUGUGGGGCCUGAACGAGAACGUGGACUCGGGUGCUGUGGAGGCGGAGGAGGACGAGAAUGUGAAGGCGAGAAAGAGGCUGGAGGAGCGGUUGGAGAGGUUUUUGUUCUGUGGGGAUGAUAGGAACAUUGAGAGGGUGUAUGUGCAGGGUGUUUUGGUUGGUGGUGUGGGUUCGGGGAAGAGGGCACGCUCGUCCGAGUUGCCGAACUAA